AUGUCUGAAUUAACAAUUAGUUUUACGAAUUGGCUUGCUAUAUCUUUACGUAAUGAUACUGCUAUUGUAUUCAAUUUAAAUGAUACACAACAAUGGCAAUAUCUUAAACCUGUAGCAGAUGAUAAUCAGUCAAAAGAAAGUACUCCUACAACAAUCAAUAAUAAACAACAACAACAAGAAAAAACUGAAGAUGAUGAUGAUAAUAAUAUUAAUGAAUUGAAUCGUAAUCUAAUUAAAUUUACACCUGAUGGACAAAAAUUAAUUACUAAUGGACAAAAUAAACAAAUAUAUAUUUAUAUAUUAUCGAAUAAUGAUAAUACAAAAAUAUAUUGGCAAUUACAACGAAUAAUAACAAUAAAAAAACGUGCAUCAGCAUUAGAUUUAACCAAUGAAUUUCUUCUUAUUGCUGAUAAAAGUGGUGAUGUUUAUAAAACUGAUUUAUUAAUUAAUCAGAAUGUUGUUCUUACAUCGGAUGAUUGUAUUAUGGGACAUUUAUCAAUGUUACUUGAUAUUACUUUUAUUUCUAUGAAUAAUAAUCAACAAUUUAUAUUAACAACUGAUCGAGAUGAAAAAAUCCGUUUAAGUCAUUAUCCCAAUGCUUAUAAUAUUCAAGGUUAUUGUCUUGGUCAUACAGAAUUUGUUUUACAUGUUAAAUUAAUUGAUCAAAAUCAUAUUCUCUCAGCAUCAGGCGAUGGUACACUUCGUCUUUGGCAUUUACCCGAUUGUAUACAACUUAAUUUGUUCGAAACAAAAACAUUUAUAUCAUCAUUUUCUAAACAUUUAUUCUAUGGUUUAUCAUCAGAUUCUGACAAUAAUGAAUUACCAUUAGAUUCUUCAUUAAUUAAUUAUUCAAUAUGGAAAAUAGAUGUUGCUUCAUGUCGUUUAAUAGAUUCUAAUAUGACAGAUGUUUUUAUUGCUUUAUCAAUUUAUGCAUAUCGUGCACAUUCAAUAUAUUUAACAACUUUAACAAAUCUUGAAAAAUCAACAAAUGAACAAUGUAAAUUAACAUUUCAUUCAAAAUAUGGUACAAUUAUAGAUUAUUGUUUUUCAUCAAAAGAAUCUAUAUCAACAUCUCAAUGUAAUCUCUAUAUAUUAUUUGAUAGUAAUAUAUUACUUAAAAUAAAUAUUAUUUCAUUAUUUUCAUAUGAUAAAAAAGAAAUAUUAGAAAAUGAUACAACAAUAAGUACAAUAAUAAAUACAAAAGAAUUUAAUUUCAUAAAUAAUAUAGGUUCAAAUGAAAUAAUAUUUAAACAAUUAUUUAAAAUGCGUGGAAAACCUGGUGAUAGUUCAUAUUAUAAACGUAAAAAUGAACGUAUUGAACAACAAGAAGAAAAACGUAGAAAAAAACAAGUAUCAACACAAUUUCAAGAAAAAGUAGCAAUUAAUGAAAAUGUUGAAGGUCAAAAUUAA